AUGGAUAGCGAGCAAAUGGAAAGAGAACAAGAUGCAUUGGGUGAUCAUAGUGGGUGGAGCACAGUUCAUUUCUUUAAGAUAUUAGAAUCGCCCGCUUUAUGUCGAAAGACCACGGGCGAACCAACCAUGACAGUUCUUCGAUUACUGUUUGAUUAUCUCAACUAUAACAAUCGACUUGCAAACUUAACUCAAUGGAAUGAUAAGGUACAUAGCCGUGUGGUGGCUGCGAUGGAGCUUAACAUGGAAGGAACUGAUCAAGACGAAGAAGAUUAUGAAUUACGGAAGCGCAGUAAGAAACUCACGGUGUGGGAAUACUUUAUUCUAUUCAUGCUCAUAUUCAUGGAUUGCCGAGAUAAUAUGGCAAUAGCUGGUAUGCACUUUGACAUCUCAGAGCUGACAGCUAGACGAAUCUAUACCACAUUCUGCAUAGCAUUGUCACAUAUCUUCAAAUCAAGACAACCUUUCCCGACACCACUACAAGCCGCUCCAUAUACACCAGACCGCACCAAGCAAACAUUAGAUCUCAAUGACGGGAUUGCACUCUUCAUAGGAGACUGUGCUGAACGGAAGAUAGAAUCACCCCUAUGUGUGUCAAAUGAUUUAUAUUCUGCGAGUUUAGCGAAUAUAAAAAUUGUACUACCAUAUGACACAAUGUUGUAG